CAGCUCUACCCUCAUCUCCCCUGCUGAUGCUGAAGAGGAUUUUAGUGGAGCUGAAGACAGGUAGACAAGGAGGAGAAGACAGAAGAAGAGUCAGAGCUCCAGGGUCUGGUGCAAGUCUUUGUAAAAUGCCAUCUUCCUUCAGCAGACUUCUCCAGUUAUUUCUUGUGUUGCUUUUAAUGAUGAAUUUCUUGAUGUGCGCCAACACAUUUGAGGCCAGAGUAAAACGUAAGAGAAUCUCAGAGAACAAGUAUAAUGAAGAUGUGUGGCAUCAAGAACAUCCUGAGAGACCACACAAAAGGUCAGGGGUGGCCAAGAAAGACAGGACUCGUGGUGGGGUGCCAUCAUUUAUAGCCGGAGAGGAUGUGGGGGAGUCAGGGGGUGGCCGGCAUCUGGGCAAUAAGAAGCAAGAAGGGUUUCAAAAUUUUGAAUUUCCUUAUAAUGAGAGAGAAAACCAACCACCGGGAAUUCACACCAAGGGAAGGAAGCACAAGGAGCAAAGAAGGGGCAAUCACAAGAUGAAGCACCAUAGAGGCAGAGGCUUUGAAGCCGAGCCCAGUGGUCUUUUGAAAGAAGAUUUAAGCCUCCGAGAUCCCACCCAGCUCAUUCACGCUGAGACAUCACCUGGUGUGUCAGCCACCGGUCCACCAUUAACCAUCACAAAGCCGAUGUAUAUUAACGAGCAGCAUCCCACAGCAGCGGUGGAGACACAACGCCGCACCAAGUCCCAUGGAAAAAAGGGAGGGGAUGUGAUGCCUACAUUAGACAUGACCAUGUUUGAUUGGACAGAUUAUGAAGAUAUGAAACCUGACACAUGGCCAUCACCAAAGAAAGGUAAACAGCGAGAAAACCUUAAUACGACUUCACUGGGUGAAGCGGAGCCAUGUGAUCAUCAUCUCGAUUGUCUGCCAGGGUCGUGCUGUGAUUUACGGGAACAUCUCUGCAAACCGCACAACCGAGGGCUUAAUAACAAGUGUUACGAUGACUGCAUGUGCACUGAAGGGCUCCGCUGCUAUGCUAAAUUCCAUCGCAAUCAGAGAGUAACCAGGAGGAAAGGAAGAUGUGUUGAUCCAGAGUCCAUUAACAAAGAUCAGGGAUCCUUUAUUUCUGUCUGAAUUGUAUAUGUGCGAUCUGGAGUGUAGAGGAGACAAUGACAUACGCCUCUGGCCAUGAAUAUUUGUAGCUCUUGUCCUUUACUGUCAUUCUUUGUAAUGACAAGGACAAAUUUGUACACUAAAAUGUGAGUUACUGGGACAAAAAUGACAGCGCCUCUGUUGCAAAUAUUUCUGUGCACAUUUAUAAUGGGACUGCACUUGGUAUUCUCAAUCAGGUGCUAACUAGUUGCUUUAAUGGCGGAGAAAAUGCAAUGUGGUCUGUGAAAAUCAAUGAUUUUGCUGCAGUUUUAUGAAGAAACCUUCAUAUAGCUCUGAUGCUGUAUACAGGCCUUUCAGUAAUCACUAAGAAUUACUAGCAAAAGAGUAACAAGAUAUAGUGACAACUACAGGAUCUGAUGGGUACUACACCCAAAGAACUUAAAAAUUCACCAUAAAAAUGAUCCUCUUAUGUCUUCCAGAAACAGCAUCACUAUUGUACAUAGGCUGUGUUUGGUAGUGCAGCUCGGUUCCAUUGACUUGAAUGAUGCAAUACCAGAUAUGACCAGUGGAUAUGAGUGUCACUGUUUCUAGAGGAGAAAAAAAAGUGUACCUUUUCUCCCACUGUCACAUACAAUUUUGUUAUGUUUUUCUGACCUGUGAAGCUGUUAAAUCACUAUUAAUUUGUUCUCAUGUUUCUAGGAGAAAAACAAAGUUACUGUGACUCCACUUGUUCAGGACCCUGGAUGGCUAUAAAAGCCACAGGGUUUGUUAUCCAGGUUUCCUAAAGUCCUGAACAGCAACUGUGUCCAGUUAUACAGCGAGACAGAUGCCUAUGAUUUGCCAUUCUGUUCUAGAACAAUUUGGUGACAACAUAUAUGGCUGCCAUUACAGCUACCCAGCUUACCUGCUAGUCUUCCUACAUGAUACAUCCUCUGUUCUAUAUCCUGUCUAAGUUGACAGAUGUAAAAGACUGGGACAGCUACAUAGCAAACCCUCUAAUGGAAGCAAUAUUGGUUGUCACCCAACUUUACCAGAAACACGUCACCAAGAAACAUCUGGAUAAAGACGAUGACUUAAAGGGCAUCUGUCAGCAGAUUGCACCUAUGAAACUGUCUCACCUGUUACAUGUGCUCUUGGCAGCUGAAGGUAUCCGCAUUGCUGAGA